AAGGGCAAAUAAGGUAUUUCACAAUCCCAAGUUAUAAGAACUGCGUAAACUAUUCCGUGGCUGUACUGUCACUGAAUCACAGUUCUUCUUCGCCCACCUACCCCCGACGGAAAAUCUCCACAACCACAAUUUCAGGCAUUCCAAAUUUUGCGUUUAUAACGAAUUUGAUCCCGAAUUUUCCGGAAGUCAUUUUGCUGACAAAUAGGAAAAAAAAAAUGGCUCUUUCUUGCCCAUCUACCCUUCCGUACAGUCACCACCGGAAAAUCUCCACAACCACGGCGAAAACAGCUUCAAUUUCAGCCAUCUCUGUUAAACUUUCAUCGCCGCAAAACCACUCAAAAUUGGCUCACCAUUCUUCUCUCAAACAACCCCCACUUUCAUCCAUCUUCAUCAAACAUCCCGAAAAACCCCGCCCACCUCGAUCUAUCACCAACAAUACAAUCAAAUCCCUAUUCACUGGUAUAGUCGAAGAAAUGGGCACAGUCAAACAACUGGGAUUCGAUAAAGACAACAGCUUCACCAUGAAAAUCAAGGCAACAACCGUUCUCGAAGACGUACACUUGGGCGAUAGCAUAUCCGUCAACGGCACUUGCUUAACAGUGACGGAAUUCGACACCGCUUCAUCCGAAUUCUCGGUUGGAUUGUCGCCAGAAACUCUGAGAAAGACGUCUCUGAUUGAAUUAGAAACCGGGAGUUUGGUUAAUUUAGAGAGGGCACUGAGCCCUAGCACUAGAAUGGGGGGUCAUUUCGUGCAGGGCCACGUGGAUGGAACUGGUGUAAUUGCUGACAUGACGCCGGAGGGUGACUCGUUGUGGGUGAAAGUGAAGGUGAGUCGAGAGUUGUUGAAGUACAUUGUGCCUAAGGGGUUUAUUGCUGUAGAUGGUGCUAGCUUGACCGUGGUGGAUGUUUUUGAUGAGGAAUUGUCGUUUAAUUUUAUGCUGGUGGCGUACACUCAGCAGAAUGUCGUUAUUCCUUUGAAGAAAGUUGGGCAGAAGGUGAAUUUGGAGGUUGAUAUUUUGGGGAAAUACGUCGAGAGGUUGCUCAGUAGUGGCUUUGUCGAUUCUAUCAAAUCAUCGUGAAAUUGUAAGUUUCUUCAACGAGAUUUUUUAGCAUUGAUACCGGUUAUGAAACCUCGAUGACAUGCAAUGUUUAUCUCAGUUCGACCUUCUUCACUUGGAUUGGGCGAGAAAGAAAGAAGUUCGUAAAUUCCGUUAAUUUCGACCGUCAGAUGGAAUCUGCUGGUUAGAAAAUAGCAUUUUUAUUUCCUCCACCGGGGAAUUUUUUGUGUUUGGUUAAUGACCCAAUGGUAAUGUAGAUUCUGAUUUCAGAAAACUCAUGUCAUUCUUGAUAGACCCUUUGCCUUUUAUUAGACCGGAACAUUUUCAAUUUGACUACAUAUCGU